AUGGAGUCCGGUGGGGGGAAGCCGAGCUUCCUUCGGAAUAUCCUGGUGCGCGUGUUUCUCCUCUGCUUGUUGAUCGUCGCCCUCAGAUUCGCCUACGUGGUCACAAUCCGGGGCGAAUCGUGCGACGUGGGCGAUUUCUGCUUCUUCGCCCUGCCGGAGACUUUCAACGUCGUCGCCGGCGUGGGCCAGCUUGCGAAGCCCUCGUCGGCGGCGGUCGUAUCUUCUUCCGGAAACUCCGCUCCCGCGACGCCGAAGAAGAUUCCCGAUCUGUGGACGACAAAGGGUUUUCAGAAAUCCGUUCAGUUCUACUCCUCGGUGUUUCAGGAUCUGAUAUCCGAAGCCAUCCUGAGCCCUAGCUUCAAGACCCUGUGCGUGGACACGGUAACCGGAGCAGAUGUGUUUGCUCUGAGGGAGAUUGGCGUGGAGGACUCCAUCGGAAUCUCGAGAAAGGGUUCCAAGCCGCUGGUAGUCCCGGGGCAGGGUUUCAAGCAGCCUUUCAGCAGGAACACCUUCGAUUUCGUCUUCUGUGGAGUUGGGGUGGUGGAAAAGACAGUGAAGCCGGGCGAUUUUGUGGCUGAGGUUGACCGGACACUGAAGCCCGAAGGGUUUCUGGUAGUCCACACAUCGGCUAACGACACGUACAGUUUUGAGUCGUUACUCGGUUUGUUCAAUUUCUGUAGAUUGGUAAAAAGUAGAGAUAUCAACGGGUUGGAUUCGAAAACUCUGUUCGUUCGAGAAAUUGUCCUGCAAAAGUUCACCGGGGAGGAGGAUGGUAUAAAACAGAUUACCGAUAAAUCGAGCAGUGAUUUCACAAACAAAUGUUCUGUUCCGGGUUAUAAACAGGAUCUGAUAAAGAAAGCAGAGCCCUUGAUCGACGAAGAGCCGAAGAAGCCCUGGAUCACGCUCAAGAAGAAUGUCCAGAACAUAAAGUACUUGCCUUCAAUGGUUGACAUUAGCUUUAAGUCGAGAUACAUAUAUGUCGACGUUGGAGCCAGAAGCUACGGCUCGAGCAUAGUGAGCUGGUUCAAAAAGCAAUACCCUAAACAGAACAAGACUUUCGAGAUAUACGCAGUUGAGGCUGAUAAAACCUUCUACCCAGAUUACAAGAACAAAAAAGGGGUUACUUUGCUACCAUAUGCAGCUUGGGUGAAGAAUGAGUCCUUGUUUUUCGAGAUUAACGAGGACCCUGGUCACAAAGAAGUCGAAAAAGGACGUGGGAUGGGCCGAAUUCAGCCCGUUCAGACCUCGAAUGGCUCAACAUCCUCGGAUAAUAUUGAUGAGAUUCAGGGUUUUGAUUUUGCCGAGUGGCUGAAAAAAACGGUGGUUGAAAGGGAUUAUGUGGUGAUGAAGAUGGAUAUUGAAGGGACCGAAUUCGACUUGAUUCCCAAGUUGUUUGAGACUGGUGCCAUUUGCUUGAUUGACGAGCUUUUUCUCGAGUGCCAUUAUAACAGGUGGCAAAAAUGCUGUCCUGGAGAGAGGUCUGCAAAGUAUCAGAAAACGUAUGGGCAGUGUCUGGAUUUGUUCACCUCUCUAAGGAAAAGUGGAGUUUUGGUGCAUCAAUGGUGGUGA